AUGUCAUGGGCAGCUGCAAAGAUGGACGCGUGGAUGCCGUGGAUGUUGCUGAUGACGGAGGCAAAGCGCCUUUCCUUCGACAAGUCGGCCGUGAAAUUGGAUGACAAGCUCGUGGUUCAGUGGCAGCAGUUGGCCAUGGCCUCUGUUCGCUUGCAUGCUGAUGGCCAGUCUUUGGACGUUGUCUUUGCAUCAGCGGACCAUGGCCUGUUUGAUUUUGCAGAGGUUGCCAUGCAAAUGGACGCUUCGUCAGCCGGUCUGGUGCAGGCCAUCCAUGCUGCUCGCGUGCCGGUGAGAAGCAUCUCCCGGAGCGUUCUGACAUGGCCCCUCCGUGUGCUGCACCCACGCUUGACCUUCAAAGAGGUCUACUGGCUCCACGAAACACUGUCCAAUGCCUUAGAGGUUCUUUUUGGGCUGACAUUUUUCCUCACAUUGCACAGCCGCCUGAGCUCCUCUGCCUCCGGGGUGCUAUCAUCUCUGGCAAAGUUGUGGGAAGAUGCCCAGAAGAUCUUCGCAGGAGGAGACCUGUCCGAAUGGCCCCUGCUCGCACACUGGUAUCGGGUGCUUGCAAGCUACGGCGGGGGCUUCUUAAUUCCAUUCACGAUACCGCUGCACCUUUGCCUACUGCUGUUGGACUUCCACUCGGACUUUCUCAUCCUGACCAUGUUCUUGCCUCACGUUUUCCUUCUGUGGCAUUCAGUGAGUAGUCUGAUUAUUUCGGUACAGAAAGCCAUAGCCAUCCUCCUGAACCUGACAGGGGGCCGAGCAAAGGGCUCCAAGAAGGAUUGA